AUGACAAUAAGUGAAAUUGACCGCGAGUUGAAUUCUGACACGGAAUCUGAAGCACUGAGUAGUGGUGACAGUUGUAUUCCCGGGGAAAGUGAUUGGGAUUUAGAUAGCUGUGGUAAUGACACCCAGGAAGAUGAACAGGAUGGAUCAGUUCAGACGCUUCCAUCACCUACUGUUCCAGCUACGGUUGCUCCCAUUGCCAUUGCCAGUGCAGUCCAAACUACACAAGUUCAGCAGCCAGUCCUGAAGUCCACCAGCCGAAGUCCCGCAGUCCACCCGCAGAAGUCCCGAAGUCCACCCGCAGAAGUCCCGAAGUCCACCCGCCGAAUCCUCCCAGAUCCUCUCGUCCACGCAGUCCGCACGUCGAAGUCCCGCAGUUCGCCCGCCGAAGUCCCGCAGAAUCCUCCCAGAUCCACUCGUCCAGCCGACCGAAGUCACGUGGCAAAUCCGCCAACCGAUGCCUGUGGUAAGCCCGCCAACCUGUCCAGUGGUAAAAUCCGACGACUGCUAUCCCGUGUUACGUCCGCCAAACGAAGUCCCGUGUUCCGUCCGCCAACCAAGUCCCGUGUUCCCGUCCGCCGAAGUCCCGCAGUCCGCCCGCCGAAGUCCCGCAGUCCGCCCGCCGAAGUCCCGCAGUCCGCCCGCCGAAGUCCCGCAGUCCGCCCGCCGAAGUCCCGCAGUCCGCCCGCCGAAGUCCCGCAGUCCGCCCGCCGAAGUCCCGCAGUCCGCCCGCCGAAGUCCCGCAGUCCGCCCGCCGAAGUCCCGCAGUCCGCCCGCCGAAGUCCCGCAGUCCGCCCGCCGAAGUCCCGCAGUCCUCUCGCUGAAGUUCCGCCGCCGAAACAACGCAGUCCGCACGUCGAAGUCCCGCAGUUCGCCCGUCGAAGUCCCACAGUUCGCCCGCCGAAGUCCCGCAGUCCGUCCGCGGAAGUCCCGCAGUCCACCCGCCGAAUCCUCCCAGAUCCUCUCGUCCAGCCGACCGAAGUCGCGUGGCAAAUCCGCCGACCGAAGUCCCAUGUUCAGCAGCCAGUCCUGAAGUCCACCAGCCGAAGUCCCGCAGUCCACCCGCAGAAGUCCCGAAGUCCACCCUCCGAAUCCUCCCAGAUCCUCUCGUCUAGCCGACCGAAGUCACGUGGCAAAAGUGCCGACCGAAGUCCCGUGGUAUGCCCACCAACCUGCCCUGUGGUCAAGUCCGCCAACCAAGUCCCGUGUUCCGUCCGCCCGCCGAAGUCCCGCAGUCCACCAGCCGAAGUCCCGCAGUCCACUCGCCGAAGUCCCGGAGUCCGCCCGCCGAAUCCUCCCAGAUCCGCUCGUCCAGCCGACCUGCGGCAAAUCCGCCGACCGAAGUCCCGUGGUAAGCUCGCCAACCUGUUCUGUGGUAAAAUCCAUCGACAGCUAUCCCGUGCUUCGUCCGCCCGCCGUAGUCCCGCAGUUCGCCAGCCGAAGUCCCUCAGUCCUCUCGCCGAAGUUCCGCCGCCGAAUCAACGUAGUCCGCACGUCGAAGUCCCGCAGUCCGCCCGCCGAAUCCUCCCAGAUCUGCUCGUCCAGCCGACCAAAGUCCCGUGGCAAAUCCGCCGCCCGAAUUCUCGUGGUAAGCCCGCCAACCUGUCCUGUGGUAAAAUCCGCCGACACCACGCAGUUCGCACGUCGAAGUACCGCAGUCCGCCCGCCGAAUCCUCGCAGAUCCUCUCGUCUAGCCGACCGAAGUCACGUGGCAAAAGCGCCGACCGAAGUCUCGUGGUAUGCCCGCCAACCUGCCCUGUGGUCAAGUCCGCCAACCAAGUCCCGUGUUCCGUCCGCCCGCCGAAGUCCACCCGCCUAAUCCUCCCAGAUCCUCUCGUCUCCGCAGUCGGCACGUCGAAGUUCCGCAGUCCUCUCGCCGAAGUUCCGCUGCCGACACCACGCAGUCCGCCCGCCGAAUCCUUCGGGUCCUCUCGUCAAGUCCGCCAACCAAGUCCCGUGUUCCGUCCGCCCGCCGAAGUCCACCCGCCUAAUCCUCCCAGAUCCUCUCGUCUCCGCAGUCGGCACGUCGAAGUUCCGCAGUCCUCUCGCCGAAGUUCCGCUGCCGACACCACGCAGUCCGCCCGCCGAAUCCUUCGGGUCCUCUCGUCAAGGUCACGCAAUCCGCCGACCGAGGUCCCGCGGCCCACCCGCCGAAUCCUCCCAGAUCCUCUCGUCUAG